CCACUAUACCCCAGUACAAAUCCCUUGUGAAUAACAACCUUUAUUCCUCUACUUUCUUUCUGUCCAUAAGUAGAGUUGCUCCGUAUGAGACUCUCUUGCUUCCCGCUUUCUCCUCCAAUGAAACAAAACCAAACUUCAAACUCUCAGUACCCUCAGUUUGCUGAAGCAAAUUAGACCUUCAUAAUAUACCCUAUUUCCAAAAUCCAAUAUUCUUCAUAACAUCAAACCAUCCAUCAUCUUCUCAUCUCAUCAGCUCAAUUCUUUAUAGGAGGGGAGAGUUGGUGAUUAAAGGAGUUGAGUUUCUUUUAUGGUUUUUUUCACUUUGAUAUAUAUAACUUCAGCACCACCUAAACCUUAGUAGCUAGGCUUCAAAGUCUUGAAAUAAUCUACCUUAUACCCUCCAAACUCUCCACCAUUUUUUUUUCUGGUUGUUCUUCAUGGACUACUUGAAGGAACUAGAAGGAAAAAGUGUCCAUGAUUGUUAUCACCAGCACCAGAUAAAGAUGAGUAAAAUGGCAAGCCCUAUAUUUGUUCCUGGACCAGUUAUAGUGGGAGCUGGUCCCUCAGGGCUAGCUGCAGCAGCUUGCCUUAAACAGAAAGGCAUUCCAAGCCUAGUCCUUGAAAGAGCUCAAUGCUUAGCUUCAAUGUGGCAGUUCAAGACUUAUGACCGCCUCAGGCUUCAUCUCCCAAAGCAAUUCUGCCAGCUCCCUCUCAUGCCAUUCCCCAAAAACUUGCCUUCUUAUCCCACAAAACAGCAAUUCUUGGCCUACCUUAAGGCCUAUGCUGACCACUUUGACAUAAAACCUGUCUUCAGCCAGACUGUGGUCAGUGCUGAAUUUGAUCAUGUGUGUCAUCAUUGGAGGGUCAAGACUCAAGGAGUACUCAAGAAAGAGGACACAGCAGAAUAUGUUUGCCAAUGGCUUAUAGUUGCUACUGGAGAGUGCGCUGAGGAAGUAGUGCCUCAAAUUGAAGGGAUGGGAGAGUUUGAAGGGCAGAUUGUACACACUUGCAAGUAUAAGAGUGGAAACAAGUUUUGUGGGAAGAAUGUUUUGGUGGUUGGUUGUGGGAAUUCAGGCAUGGAGGUUUGUUUGGAUCUCUGCAACCACAAUGCUCGCCCUUCCCUAGUGGUUCGAGAUACGGUGCAUAUCUUGCCACAACAGAUGCUAGGGAAAUCAACUUUUGGUUUAUCCAUGUUCUUGCUCAAGUGGUUCCCUAUACGUUUUGUGGAUCAAUUUUUGCUUCUAAUGUCACAUCUCAUGCUUGGAGACACAGAUCAAUUUGGACUUCGCCGUCCAAAACUUGGUCCUCUAGAGCUCAAGAACUUGUACGGAAAGACACCAGUUUUGGAUGUUGGGACACUCACUCAGAUCAAAAAUGGAAAAAUUAAGGUUUGCCGGGGAAUUAAACGACUAGCACGCAAUGCGGUGGAGUUUGUUGAUGGAAAAGUAGAGAACUUUGAUGCCAUCAUUCUAGCAACUGGUUACAAAAGCAAUGUACCCUCUUGGUUAAAGGGCAGUGACAUGUUUAGUGAGAAAGAUGGGUUUCCCCGGAAGCCAUUCCCAAAUGGAUGGAAAGGUGAAAAUGGACUCUAUGCGGUGGGUUUCACCAAACGUGGCCUGCUUGGUGCAUCUAUUGAUGCAAAGAGGAUUGCUGAAGAUAUUGAACAUAGCUGGAAAGCUGAGGCCACGCAUGUUUUGGAGUUCCCUUGUCCACUUGCGUGAUGUGGGAAAGAUAUAUGCAAAUGUUUUAGGAUUAGAAAAAAAAAAGGUAUGGCCAAGCCUCUUGGUGGUGCCUUUUAUUUGACACAAUGCUUUGUACCAAACAAUUUCUCUCCCAUUUCGGUGCAGCAGCCUCAAAAGGGAAAAAGGAGUUUGAGAAAGAAAAGGAAAAACAAAAAAAAAACAAAAAUGAGAGGGCAUAUAUAUGUGUGUAUAGAAUGUGUGAUUCCUAUAAAUCCAUUUUCACCAGACUGGGAGAUUGGGUUGGCGACCAAUUUGAUAUGUAUUUUUAGUUUGGUUGGGUUGAAAUUAACUGAAUAUUGUCAUGUUACACAUUUGUAUAUUUUGUACAUUGCCUUAUCUACCUAGUUAGCUAGUUGAUUUUUUUGAGAAAAGGGGCUGUUGUUAUAGUUUUUGAGCCAAUAGAAAUUAUGUAAUGUAUCCAUCGAUUUGUCCUUGUUCUAAUUAUUUAUGAGAGAAUUGCAAGCUUUGCUAUA